CGGAGGCCCUAUAAAAGACCAGGAGACAGAACUCCAGCCCACAAGCAGGACUGGGAACUUCAGUGGAGACCAUGAAGAGUGCACGGAACGACGACUCGGCUCCAGCUGGCAGCGACUUAUCUGAGCAGAUCAAAGCAGCCACCAAAGACAACCACGUCCGGGCUGAGAACACACAGCUGAUGCUCAGCUACCAGAAGGGCCAGAUCACCCUGCCUCAGUACAAGACGUUCUUCCACCAGGUUCUGCUGUGCUCCCUCUACGAGAUCUACAAGGCUCUAGAAGAGGAGCUGGACAGGAACUCUUCCCAUCCAGCAGUUGCUCCAAUAUACUUCCCUCAGGAACUCGCUCGUCUGGAACCCCUGGAAGCAGAUCUGGAGCACUUCUUCGGCUCAGACUGGAAGAACAAAGUGAUCGUUCCUGCAGCCACGCACCGAUACGAACAGAGGCUGCGGAAGAUCGGCAGAGAGAAGCCGGAGCUGCUGGUGGCCCACACCUACACUCGCUAUCUUGGUGACCUAUCCGGUGGACAGGUGUUGGGAAAAAUCACCCAGAAGUCCUUGGGGCUGAGCAGCAAAGAGGGCCUGUCCUUCUUCUCGUUCCCCGGCGUGACCAGCCCCAACCGCUUCAAGCAGCUGUACCGGAGCCGGAUGAACAGCAUCCAGCUGACGGCGGAGGAGAAGGCGGCGGUGCUGGAGGAGGCCGUGGCGGCGUUCCAGCUCAACGUCCACGUUUUCGACGACUUGCAGAAAAUGUUGAGCAUCACAGCCGAAACAGCCAACCAAUCACAGAGCGGCCUCCGAACAAGCACGCUCCCAGCAUCUCCCAUCGCCGCGAGCCUGUGUGUGGCACUGGUUUCCAUGGGAGUAGGAAUGUGCGCCCAGUACGCCAGCCCCACGCUGGAAUCGCUCACCUCUCUGUUUGUGUAAUAAAGCAACCAGUUUGACCAGAA